UUUUAAGAUUAUAUUUAUGUAGUCCCCACCGAUGUCAGAAUUAGAGGCCGAGCAGAGGAGGGAGGGCGCCAAACUCCUCUCCGCGGGCGACAAGUGGGCUUGCUGGCCUCGCUCGCAGCCAAUUUUCGUGACGGGCAUCGGGCCGCAGUCCCCUGUCGCUCGCAUCCUUGGCGGAAACGUUUUCGACGCCAGCGGCUCGGCGGUCUACGUCGAGUGCCGCUGCCCCAAAUGCACGCCGCUGCCGGCGCUUCUGCCACGCGACGAGGACGAGGCGGCCGACCAGCCAACACGCAUCUGGAACCUGCCGGAGUUCGCCUCCCACGCCAGCGAGAGGGCCAUGGACGCGGUGCUGGGUCAGCUGCUGGCCAGCGGCAUGGACAAAGACAAGGCCGCGCCCGCCCUGGAGCGAUGUGCGCCGCACGUGCUGUACGUGAUGGGCGUGCCCACACGUGCUACAGCCGGCGGCGGCGGUACAGGUGGUGCUACAGCCGGUGGAGACGGCGGUGUUACUUCGGGCCCGGAGGCGGGCGGUGGCGGCGGUGGUGGCGGUGGCGGGGGAGGUGUGCUGUCGUUGCACCGCUUCCUACAGCAGGUUGGCGAGGCCGCUGGCGGCGCCAAGGCGGUGGGUCGUCGCCUGGGUGUCCUGAAUUUCACUGAAGCUUCCAGUGGAACCGGCAGUUGCGGCAGCGGCAGUGCCGCCAGCAGUAGCAGCAGCACCAGCGGCGGCGGGACCGGCAGCAGCAGCAGUAGCGGCAGCAGCUCGCGACUGUACACCGCUCGCGUGACCGCGUUUGAGAAAGACACGGGCGCGCUCCGCAUCUCCUACGACCCUGGGCAGGAGUCCCGGCUGGCGGCGUGGCAGACCCACGGGGCCGCCGGCGGGGCGUCCUACGUGGACUACGGCCUGACACACCUGGCCCUGUGCCACGCGCGCCUGCUGCCCCGGUGGCAGCCGCAGCAGGGGGAGCAGCAGCAGCAGGGGGAGCAGCAGGGGGAGCAGGAGGGGGAAGAGCGAGGGGAGGAGGGAGAGGAAUGGAGUGCGGAGGCGUUGCUGGCGGCGACGGCGGAUCGGCCUGAGCUGAGGGGGCCGUUCCGGGGCUGCCUGCGGGCCGCUCCCGAGGAUUGGCAGCCGCUACUGCCGGAGCUGCUUCGGCACGCGCGGCAGGAGCAGCAGCAGGAGGAGGAGGAGGGAGAUGAGGAGGCCGCGGCAGUAGCAUCACCGACGGCAGAAGCGGGACACGGCGGCGACGGUGCAGCGGCGGAGACAGCGGCUGCAGCAGCCGAGCCCGCCGCUGCCCCGGCCAUGUCGACGAGGACUGCCACUGCUGCCGCCUCGGCGCAGGACGCCCCCAUGCCCGAAGCCAUGUUUGACCUGACAUUGACCAGCCCGCCGCCGCUGCUGGCCGCCGCCGCGGCUGUAGCAGCGGAUGCUGGCGCGGGCACGGGCGCGAGCGCGGACGCGGCUGUGGCAGCUGCCAAGGGGAUCGAUGGCGGCGGCGAUGACAGCGUAGUAGCGGCGGCGCCGGACGACCAGGGGGCCGUGCGGCAGCCGCCGCUGGCAGGUGUCAGCGAGGGGCAAGGGCUGCAGGCAGCAGCGGCUGCGGCAGGGGCGGGGGCAGCGGGGGCGGACGCUGGAGGAAGAAGUCGCGGGGUUGCCCCCGCCGCCGAAGGUAUAUGCGAGGGGGGUGGUGGAGGCGGCGGCGGCGGCAGCACACAAGGUGGUGGCGUUGGCGGAGAUGGCAGUAGCGGCGCUGUAGGGAUGGAGGUGGAUGCCCCGAGCAUGACAGAGGCAGUAGCAGCAGAAGCGGCAGUAGCAGAAGCAGCACAGCCGCCGGCUGCGGCAGUGGCUGCGGCGGGUGAUGGCAUGGAUGUGGACGUGGCACCAGCGCCCUCGGGCGACGGGGCGGCUGCUACUGCCGCCCCACUCGCUGCUGCUACUGCCACUGCUGCUGCUACUGCCGAGGAAGAGGUGGGCGAUGAGGGGUGGCGCUUCGGUCUCCACCUGUGUGCCGCGGUCGAGGCGCUCGACACGGCCUUCCAGCGCUGCAUGGAGGCCCAGCCGCAACCCCACGCCGCUGCUGCUACUGCCGCUACUGCCGCCGCCGGCGAGGAUGGCUGUAGCAGCAGCAGUAGCAGGCAGCUGGCGGAGCAGCGGCUGGCGCUGUUGUUCGGGGCGGCGCUGAUGGACGGGGCGCAGGUGCGAGAGGUGCUGCAGCAGCUGGCGGGGGCGGCGGAGGCAGGGCAGUAGCAGGGCGACGCAUUGCGGGUACGGUGGAUGCGAUUCUGAAAGCUGCGCACGAGCACGACUCGCAUCAUCGUUCAAUGACGUUGUAGGCGGCGAACCGGGGGGCUAGUAGCAUAACUGCUGCAGCUGGCGGCGGCGGUGGCGGCGGUGGCCUGGGCUGGCAAUAGCAUGCGCAAGGCCAGGCAGAAAAUAAAUGCGGCUCGCGGGGGCUGUAGCUGCGAGUGUGGUGCUGUGUCAGGAGAUCACAAGAGGAGCAAACACGCGUGAUGCUGUGUCAAAACGGGAUCGUGCGGUGUGCUGCGCUGUGCCGCUGUAUUGCUGCACUGCUGCACGGCAGCGACAGAGCAAAUGUGUGCGAAUUGGUGCUGCGUAACCCAUUGCUGCAUAUCCAUAUGCCUGUCACUCUGUCAGUCUUUCCCUGGUCGCGAUACCAAAGGUGUAGAGCGAGUCCCACUCGCGAUACGAGCUGCACGUGUUGCCGUGUUGGGCUCACGUACUGGC